AUGGCUACCUCAUCGCGAAGUAAAAAUCCCUUAUGGAAUUAUUUUAAAGUGAGUGAUGAAGAUGUUGGCAAAGCCAUCUGCAUACUUAGCAAGAAGAUUUUGUCUAGAGGAAGUAAAGACGCACACAACAUGUCAACAACAAAUUUACAAAACCAUCUGAAAAAAGUACAUUAUAAUAUACAUAGCAUGAUUCUUUCUCAGAAGAAAAUUAUUAACCACGAAUCUUUACCAAAUCCAAAUGAAAAGUCUAUAAAACAAUUUUGCACUACUCGAACAAUAUGCUCAGAUAGAACAAGCUCUGCUGAAUCAGUGCAAAUCAUUACCAGCACUGCCACAGAUGAAACGCAGGGAAGCUCGCGUGUGUCUAAUAACACAAUUGCCUUUUUUCAAAAAGCAUCGACACAGGUCUCACUGCGGGAGAUUUUGCAAAUAAAAGAAUUGUGGCAACUUGAUAAUCCUAAGGCUCAAGCUAUUACCAAGCUUAUUGGAGAAAUGAUAUGUUUAGACUUGCAGCCAUACUGUAUUGUUGAAGAUAAAGGUUUUACCCGACUUUUAAAGAAUUUAGCUCCAAACUAUACAAUACCUAGUCGAAAGUAUUUCUCCACAAAAGUCAUUCCACUGAUGUAUGAAACCAUAAAAGCCAAAGUAAAAUAUGAGCUUGAUCAAGCAGAUUUCUUAAGUUUAACUAGUGAUGGUUGGACCUGUCAGCACACAAUUCAAUCGUAUUACAGUUUAACAGCUAGAUUUGUAACGCAUGAGUUUACAGUUAAACAUGUCAUCUUACAAGUUACACACUUCCCUGAGUCGCACACAGGGCACAAUAUAAGUAAAUUCAUAAAUGAAGCGCUACAAUCAUGGGAAAUUCCCCAUGAAAAAAUUCAUGCAGUUUUAACUGAUAAUGCAGCCAAUGUAAUGGCUGCCAUUAAAGAGUCAAAUUUAAGCGAUAAACAUCUUCCAUGUCUGAUACAUACUUUACAACUUUGUAUUCAGAAAAAGAUUUUUAGAGAACAAAAAACAGCAAGUGAUACAAUAGCUGUUUUUCGAGCAUUAGCAGGACAUUUCCACCACUCAUCUAGUGCUGUGGCUAAACUAAAGGAAAUUCAAAGUCAACUAAAAUUGCCAGAGCAUAACAUAAUUCAAGAUAAAUCAAGCAAAUGCAAAAAAUCCUACGGAAAAUCAAUGGCAACUUGCUGA